AUGGAGACCCUACCUGGAGUUGCUCCUCCGGAGCAGCAAAGCACCUAUUUCUAUAUCGGCCAACAUGAGACGAAGAGAACUGUUCCUGUGACGACUGAAUUGGGAAAUCAGGCACAAGAUGCUGGCUACGAUAUGAUGACCAGACCCAUCACGUCUCCUGGAUUCCAAGCACGAGUCCUGGAAUUGGUAGAUGCAUACUUUGAGGCUGUCUCAGCAUCCUCCAACCCAAAUGCUGUUCCCUACCCUCUUGUGGCACCUCUGACUCCUGAAGACACCAAUCUGGUUCCGGAUGAAUACAUUUCUACCAUGAUCUGCUGCACGAGUACCUGGAUCGAUCUUGCUUCUCCGGACCCUGUGAUUGCCCAUGUUUCUCGCCAGGUCUUCAAUCAUGAAGUUGCUUAUGCUGCUUUCUGCGGUGUCAACAAUAUUAUGAUUCAAGGACCGAAUCUUGAGACUUCGUCUGUGGUUAGUCAGUACGCCAGAGCUAUCUGGCAUUCGCUUGAAGUUGGACCGUACAUCAAUUUGCAAAUCUUGCUUCCUAUGCAGCCGACCGAGAGCAAAGCAGCUGAGGAUGGAUUGAGUCUGGCUGGCCGUGCAAGAGACUCAUUCAAGACUCUCAAAUCAAUCGCAACUGACGCACUUUGGUCGUGGGAUACCUGGGAAUUGAUCAGAUCGACCUGCAAGUACCAUCCCAGAUUGGCUGUCGCUCUUGAAAUCCCUCAGAAGCUCCCUUCUUCUGCCAUUCAAUCACGCUGGUUCUCUGAGCCUCUACGCACUCUCAUCAUUCCUGAGUCUACCUUUGUGCAGAACGCAAAGGGCUUCCCUGUCUUGAACAAGCCCAUUCAAGCUUUACUUACAAAGUACAUGCGCCUCAAGACCGUCCCCUGGAUCAUUCUCAGCGACGUCGGUCUCAUCCCUGGCCAAGACCACCCUGGUAUGCCCGUCAACCUUCCCGAUAGAUCAGCUUCUCCAGACUUGCCUACCCCUGCUCAGUCCAAGCGCAAGCAGCAGACCCAAAAACCUAAGGACCUGACUCCCCACUUGAGCUACAUUCGCCAUCUUCAACGCACCCAACCCCCUCGCCCGAUCAUCGACCGCUUUGCUGCUGGAUACCAGGAUUACUUGCAAUCACCUCUGCAGCCAUUGACCGACAACCUCGAAUCCAUUACUUACGAGGUGUUUGAGAAAGACCCUAUCAAGUAUGAAUGGUACGAGCGCGCCGUGGCUGCCGCUCUCAAAGACCUGCACAAGAAGUUGCAACGAUCCAUCGUUGUCGCCGUCGUUGGAGCCGGUCGCGGUCCCCUGGUGACUCGCUGCCUACGAGCCUCCGUCAGCACCGGUAUCCCCGUCAAGCAAUGGGCAGUCGAGAAAAACCCUAACGCCUAUGUACUACUCCAACGCCGCAACGCCACCGACCCCCUGUGGAACAAACGCGUCACCGUUGUCAAGACAGACAUGCGAGCCUGGAAAGGACCUCUUAUCGACUCCGCACCCGCAAAAGUAGACAUUCUUGUUUCAGAACUGCUCGGUAGUUUCGCAGAUAACGAGUUGAGUCCUGAAUGCUUGGAUGGCGUACAACAUGUCUUACAUCCUGAACAUGGAGUUAGUGUGCCUACUUCUUAUACCGCGCACUUUACACCCAUUGCUCAUCCUAAGAUUUAUGCGGAUUUGUUGGGCAGAAGUGGGGAGGACGCGCAGAAGUGGGAGUUGCCGUAUGUGACUAUGUUGCAUCAGUACGAUGACUUGUGUCUGGACACCACUGGAACUCCUGACAUCCAAACCGCAUGGGAGUUUACGCAUCCCCUUCCCGAGUCCAUAAUCGCACAAUCCAAUCUUCGCAGAGGAGGCAGUGUGCAAGCAGGAGGAAGUGGUAUGGUCGGCGGCGACGGCUGGAACGAACACAACGCCCGCUUCUGCCGCUUGAGGUUUACAGCUUCUACACGCGGCACCUGCCACGGUUUGGGAGGCUACUUCGAGACGGUGUUAUACGUCCCUGAAGACAAGACCAAGAAGCCUAUCGAGUUGAGUAUUAACCCCAAUACCAUGGAUGCAAAGAGCAAAGACAUGAUUUCUUGGUUCCCGAUUUUCUUCCCUUUGAAGACUCCCAUUACCAUCCCUACAGGCGCAGAAAUUGAAGUCUCCAUGUGGCGCCAGACUGACGACAGAAAAGUGUGGUAUGAAUGGCAGGUUGAGGUGUUUGUUUCGCUCAAUGGAACACGUCAACGCAUUGCUUGCAGCGACUUGCAUUCAUCCAUCAAGAAUGGAUGUUUGAUGUAG